AUGGGUAUGAAGAUCCGUGACCUCGAAAAUUGCACGCGAAAGCCGGAGCCAGAGUACUUAUUCCCAACCCCGGGUAGAAAAUUCGAAGCAGCGGGAAUGAACCGAGCUCAGUCCUUUGUUGGGCUUGGACACGUGGAGGAUGGUGAGAGGCAUGAUUGCGUUUUUGCUGGCAUGGGACUCCGCACACCGUACGGAGUACUCAUUCACAUCCACGCAAUCCCACACAACAAGCAAGAACCUGGAGGAGGACGUGACGAAGGCGGUAGGCGCCGCCCUCCAGACCGCCCGGGCUUCACUAGCCGCAUUGGGGAUCUGCCGGGUGCCUUAGGUAAGCAGACCGCCCCAGCCAAGCAGCAGUUGUGGCAGUUGCCCCCUUAA